AGGUUACACUAAAUAUGUGUACUAAGAAAAAAACGAAAUUCAUUCCGAAAUUUGAAACCAAUCUUGUCUUACCAAAUUUAUUGGAUUUUAUGCCUAAACGUCGUGUAUUGGCUUUAUGUCAAGAUUCAGAUGAUCGAGAGGCAUAUAUAGCAGCUGGUGCUUAUGACGCUGGUGGAUCCCCCCUGUUCCAACGUAUGAAUCAAGGUUAUUACCAUUGGGAUGAAUAUGAUACUGUUGUUGCUCAUCCAAAUUGGGAAAGUCAAGUAACGAAAUUACGACAUAUUUUAAAAGAAAGAUUACCAACGAUUAAAAAUGGUAGAUUAGGUGAAGAUGUCAUGAAACUCAUAUCAAUUCAUAUGAAUAGUACUCAACUAGAGUCUAGUUCUAUUGAAGGUGUUCCAGAAAUCGCCUUAUUGGAUUUAAUUUUGGGUCAG